GGUAAUUCGUUACGUUCCGCUUACGACCACACUCGGCUCAACUAAAAUAAAAAUAACAGUUUGUGACUCAGAAUUAAAGCUGCAGAAUAAAUCCACAAGCCCAAUUCUUCACUUUCAAGGCUGUUAUGUCGAUGUAAAGCCAGGACAAAUCAGCUGGACUUCAAAUCAAGCUCAAAUUGGGAGCAGCUGCGAAAUACAGACACAAAGGCGUGUGCGAGUGUGUGACUCGUGUGUAUUUGUGUGGGCGCCGCGGAAACCACAACAACAACACCCAAAGAGAUGGUGGGCAUUAUCGAUGAGGCGCAUCUGUUUUAUCCGCUGGGAACCCGCAUCAAGAUAGCCGACAACUAUGGCACAGUUCGAUAUGUGGGAGAGGUGAGCGGCCACAUGGGCACCUGGCUGGGUAUCGAGUGGGAUGACGGGUUGCGAGGCAAACACAACGGCAUAGUGGAUGGCAAGCGCUACUUCCAGACCACGACGCCCACGGCGGGCAGCUUUAUCCGACCGGGCAAGGUGGGGCCGUGUGCCACUUUGGAAGACGCUGCAAGGGAGCGGUACCUGAACUACGACUCGAGCAACGUUGACGAGUCCCUCAUCCGAGAGGCCCAGGCCAGCCUGCAGGCCUCGCUCUUCGAGGUCGUGGGCAUGGACAAGAUCGCUCGCAAGCAGAGCAAGUUUGAGCAGCUGGAGGAGGUGAGCGUUGACCAGACGCCGGUGAACGCGGCCGGGUACCUGAAGGAACUGACACAGCUGACCACGCUGAACGUGAGCCACACCUUGAUCUGGAACUGGGAGAUUGUGGCCAGCAUCGCGCAGCAGCUACCCUCCCUUACAAUCCUGAACCUGAGCUCCAACCGACUGGUCCUGCCCACAACAUCCCAAAUCGCGGAACUGGAGCCUGCCUUCCGGCAGCUGAAACGCAUCAAUCUGCGCAGCUGUGGAUUUUCCGACUGGAAGGAUGUAAUGCAGACUGCGCUCCUAUGGCCUAAUAUUGUGUCACUGGGUCUUCAGGAGAACUCUUUGGGUCAGCUGGCCGAGGUCGAUCGGAAAAAGAUCUUUAGGCAGCUGCAGGAGCUUGACUUGCAUCGCACGAACAUAAUGGAUUUUGACCAGGUGGCCAAGUUGGGCAACCUGACGACAUUACGCUUGUUGAAUCUCAUGGAGAACGGUAUCGAGGAGAUCAAACUUCCCGACUGUGAUCCCCAAGAAAAGCUUAAUAUGUUUGUCUCACUGGAACAAUUAAACCUUCUUCACAAUCCCAUUUGGAAUGAGGCUGAUGCGUUUAACGAAUUGGACAAGCUGCCGCAAUUGAAGCGUCUAAGUAUGACUCCACACUUAAAAUCCAAUUUCGAUGAAAUGGCCUCCAAGGCCGUGGCUAGCAUAUCCGGCCUACACUUCAUCAACAAGGCCGAGGUGACAGCGGAGGAGAGACGUGGUGCCGAGUACGAUAUUUGGAAGAAAUAUGCCCUGGACUGGAUGCAAGCGACCCAUCAAGGAUCGGAUUCCUUACGCGAGUUCUGCCGGCGGCAUCGCACCUACCCAUUGUUGGUUAAAAAGUACGGUUCGCCAGCAGACUUUGUACCGCGCAUUCAAACAAAGCAAUCGAAUUUAAUAAAUGUUUGCAUACGGCAUCAGCUGACGGGCGAGACAUGGGAGAAGAAAGUUCCGAGAAUGAUUACAGUGCAGACUCUACAGGGACUGAUCAUGAAGCGAUUCCGGUUAGCCGGUAACGUUCCGCAGCUGUGCUACAUUGAUGCAAAGCAUCCGGACCUAGUUGUUCCGCUGGAUAACAAUGCAAAAACGCUUGACUUCUAUUCUGUACAGGAGCACGACACAGUUUUGGUUCAAUAGCGUCCCACAUUUCAACAUUGGCGUUCAAUCCCUUUUCCGUAUUCAGAUGUGGUAUUUUAAUUUUAGGCAAUUGAAAAUCAAAAAUUGUAUGUUCAAUUUAACUUGGUCCCCCUCCACGCAUUAAAUUGCUAAUGUUAUCUUUAGGUACUGAUAAGUUGAAAUUUCCACUAAGCAGUUAAAAACGCAUAUUUAUAUUUUGUUUUGCUUUUUAAAAAAUGAAAAUAUGUUAUUU